AUGAAACCAACUUCAAAUCAAUCAACUUCUCAAUAUCAUUCAGCAAUCCUCAAUCAACAUCAAUCAAAUCAUCAUGAUCAAUUACCUUCUUCAUCAAAAUCUAUCAUCAAACAACAUCAUCAACAUUCGAAUAGUAACACUUCAAAUUCAUCUUAUACUGAUCAAGAUGUCGAUUAUUCUUUCGAUGAAGACCUUGACUUUUAUGACUCUUUACCUCAUCCUUCAGAUCCUCCGAUCACAAUAACCGAUUCAAAACAACCUUCUACAAACUUAUCUUCUUCUAUUGCCAAUCCUCAUAAACAAACCAGUACCUCAACUUCAACCGUGCCCUCUAAACCUACUACCCAGUCUAGCCUUCUUCCCAAUUCAGAGCUCACCCCGAGAGCUUACUCUUCAAUUCAUUCAAACCCAUCAACUACUUUACCACGGGCUUUGGACUGGAAAUUCCCAAAGGAAUCUGGAACUUCUUACAUUGCUCCUCCCUUGUCUCCUCGCCUUCGAUCGUCAUCUCGUCGUCCUUCCCAUCCUAAGGAACCACCAGAGCCUUCAAAAAAAUCAAAUCCAAGCUCUCAACUUCCUCCAAGCUCAAAUUUAUCCAUUAUUCCCACCCGAUACACCUCUUACACUAACAACUCGGUUCCGAUCGUCGUCCCUCCUCCGGUAUCUCCAUAUUUGAGCUCAACUCUGCCCUCAAUCGUUAUGUCUUCUCGGUCCGAGGCGGAUGGAGUAGAUAUGAAGGCUCGCGGCAUUGAAUUCAGAGGCGUCAUGCACGAAGGUUUGGCGCAAGCCACCAAGCCUGAUCUUGAUACAACCAUUGUUUGCUCAACACCACCGACUAUCGUAGACCCCUCUCAGUCUUCGGAACCCCCUCUACCUGUUCCUAUCUCUCCUGAGGCUCUCCUAAUGCAUGUCCGCCAAAUGAGAUACGCAUCCAAAAGACGACAACUGACACCUAACCAUUCUUCCACCUCUGGCUCUCAUGAUGCUCCCUUGAAAUUGCCAGUCCAUAGUCGUGCCGGUAGUAACACCAGCUCUACAUCAGAAGACAACCUUCAAUAUUCAAUCCAUUCUCCUCAGUUGCAGCCCACCCACAUUGUCUAUGAACCUGUGGCACCCGAUCAUGGAACCGUUUCACAAUCACAAUCACUUUCCCUGCCCUUGCCCGGUACUGGAUCCUCAGAUGAAAUCAAGCCAAUGGCAGAAACUUUGGAUCUUUCUCAUCAGCGCAUCGCUGAUCUUACUCAACCUGUUGUGGAAGAAUUGGCCGAAUAUGUUGAACGUUUGGCACUUGGCUAUAAUUACCUGCCCGUAUUACCUGAUCAUUUUGCUAUCCUCGGUGAAUCACUUCGCUAUCUCAACCUUCGUGGCAAUCACAUGGAAGUCUUUCCAGAGGUGGUGAGCAACACUAUUUACCAUGAUCUUGGCUAUAUUUACGGCUUGUGUUUCAGUCAAUUUGCUGACUUGAGGUAUUUCACCAGCUCACGCGAAUGCCAUCUCUCGAAAUCUUGGAUGUGA